CGGACCGCAUUGAGACUUUGGAAAUUCUUUCUUCACGAAUGCCAUUGUAUGAUAUCAUACCGGCAAUAGCCCGCAAUGAUUGGAAUGCUGAACAAGGAAGUAUCUUGUUGAGUAAUUUAUUGUUUGAAGAACCACAAAUUGAUUCGGGCAUUUUAAAAUGGAUUUCCGUAUUAAUCAACGAACAACAUUUAGAAUCUAUAUUGGCGUUUGCAAAACCUGGAAAUAUAAAGUUAUUUAGUCGAAUUUUACUUCCUAUGGACGAUUACGAAUUCUUUGAUGGAAGCAAAAAUCCUCUAAAAUUACAAGAGGUUAUUGAAAUGUCUACCUAUUUGAAGAAUAUAGCUUUUAUUUUAUAUUGGAACAGUCCCCAAUUAAAAAUAAACAACGUUAUCGAAGAACGUCACUGGCUAAUGACAUCUGAAUUUGAUAUGAGCACUUUCGCCAAAAAUGUUGUCGCCGACGAGCAGGAUCUUGAAAGAGAAAAUGAUAAAGUAAGUAUGGACAAGCGACAGGAAUCCGUUAGUCCGCGCCUUGGAGUCCUUCACAAUAUUCCUUUUGUGAUACCUUUUGAUGAACGUGUCAAAAUUUUUAGACAUUUUGUUCGUAAUGAUCGUGAUCGAUUGAAAAAUCCUGUUGCUAUUCAAUUCAUUGACGAAUUUGGAAUGCCGGAACCUGGAAUAGAUGGUGGUGGUUUAUUCAAGGAAUUUUUGACCUCGUAA